AUGCAGACGGGUGUUGAUGAGGAAUUCGAUCUGUUCUAUUCUUUGUAUGUUUACUCGGCAGAGAUAAAUACCAAAGGCAUUGAGUUGGCAUAUGGGAAGAUCUCAAAUAUGCUCACAGCCAUUAUUUUCUCAAGCAACCGAUUUGAAGGAGAGAUUCCAGAAUCUAUUGCUAACUUAAGGGGGCUUCAUAUUCUCGGUCUUUCAAAUAAUUCUCUCUCAGGUCCCAUCCCUUCAUCCAUGGGCAAACUAGUGGCUCUAGAAUCUUUGGACCUCUCUAACAACAGACUCUCAGGACAGAUUCCUCCAGAACUAGCACAGAUCACUUUCCUUGAAUUCUUCAAUGUUUCAAAUAAUCAUCUCACUGGCCUCAUACCACAAGGGAAACAAUUUGACACGUUUGAGAUUGGUUCGUUUAAUGGGAACCCAGGAUUAUGCGGAAAGCCUCUAUCAAAACAAUGUGAAUCUUUUCAACCUUCACAGAAACAAGAUUCAGGCUCGCACCACUCUCUGUUUGAAAUAUAUCUGGAAAUAAUUUUGAUUGGGUAUGCAAGUGGGCUAAUUGUUGGAGUGGUCCUUGGAAAUAUCUUUGCUAAGAGAAGACGUGGAGGGUUGUAA